GCUUGUCCCGCGUUCCGCCGCGAAUGAGCGAUCGAAGUACCGAAGGCACUUUAACUUUCGUAACUGUGUGCGGAAUAGGUGCCCGACUUCACAGCAUGCGAACCUCCAGUUCUUGGCAGCUGCACCCACACUCAAAGACAGACAGUUGAUCCUACUUCUGCUUGUCGACAAUGCACCGUUAAUUAGUUGAUGGCCCAGUGUGUCUCCUUCAUCCGACAUGUCCUCGGCCGCGGGGCACAGCACCGGCGUGUCGCGUCCGUUGAGCAGACUCGAGCGCCGGCUCGACAGCAGCAGACCAUCUAGCAGGCCGCCAUCGAGUAGCUCUUCCACGAGCCAACCCACUAGGCCGUCGUCUACCGCCGGCGUCGUUACCCCAGCCCACAACACAGACCCGAUCCCCGCGCGACCAAACAGCCGCCAAAGUCUGCACGGUGUAAGCACGAGCUCAGCCAGUCCUUCCUCUGGCAAACGCAAGCGAGAUGUCCCCGCCGUAGCAUCUGACGGCCUCUUGAGAGCGCCUGUUGUGCUCAAGCCCCAUCCUUCAAGCCUGACGACGAAGCCUCGCAUGCUGCAUCCUCUGAUGCUCCUGCCCCGCGAGCGUCUGCCGCUUUCCGCUCUCGACCUCUCCCAUCCGCAGGGUGACUUUCCAUCCAGCCGCCUCUUCGAAUCCAAGAUUAAGAUUCUCGAUCUCGAAGGCCGCUUGGGAUCCAAUUUACUCCUCGCCCGCUCCGAGACAAGCCGUAUGGUCUACGCCGUCGAACGCGAGAGCAACGGUCUAUACGUGCUGUGCAAACUAGGGUCUUGGGUGGAUAUUGAAAAGCUGAGCCGGACCGCCACCGUUGUGUGCAGGGAGCGCUUGAGAAGCGCCGGCCCGGCCAAACCUGAGUCCGAGAAUGCCGCUGCUCCCCCGUUGACGACUCCGUCGCUGUACAAGGCAAACAAGCGAAGGAGAUUGGCCAUUGACGAGAUUCAAUCCCUGGUCCGGAAGAGGUCCAUGUCGGUCACUGAAAAGGAGCCUCAAAACCAGGCUCCAAUUGCGACCGAAGAGACGCCGGUGUCGAGGAGGGAUGAGAGUCGGCCCACAACACCGGCGGAUGCGCAUGGUAAAGCUCCCAGUGCGCCCGGCGGUCCUCCCAUGCCUGAUGGACAUGCUACUGCGGCUUCAGACCCAGCGCCCAGUGACGACCCGCUUUCCCAGCCAAACGCCGAUGAGAUCUUCCAGAAUAUCAGAGUGCAAUAUAUGGAGGCGCUAUACCACUCGAAGGGCUCAUUGGCGUACUUCGCAAAAGGCCCUCUUUCCAGGGCGAGGGCGGCAUUUCAUUUGGAUUGGGACUCCAACCUGGACAUGAACGACCUUGUAGACUUCCUCAAGAGUCUAGUUGUGACCACGGUCGUCAUCGACAAGAAGUAUCGCGAGACAAUCCCCGAGAUCGUCGCGAAGAUGAAGGCGCUCGUCCCGGAGUCGGAUCACGGCGCCUCAAAGCCUAGGAAACGGAAGGCCAAGAAACCAAAGCUAGGCAAAGACGGGCUGUAUCCGGGUGAGGUCGACCAUAUCAGGCGCUGGUGGUCAUCGCAUCAACCGGUGUCCGGCGGGGACGACGAGAAGACGCUGAGUGCAACUGAAAUUAAGUACCAUAUAUCCUGCUUAAGGAGGAGGGAAACCCAACUGCAGAUGAUACUGAUCUUAGAGAUCCUCGCUUUGGAGCCAGUGGCGCUGGCGAAGGGGAGGGAAUGCCAGCUGCCAGGGAUGGAGGCUCCGGUCGACCCCCGAGACACAAGCCAGGAGCUGUCGGCCAAGAAGAGAAACAAGCACAACCUACCCGUCCUCCUCGAUGUUCACGCCGACCGUCUUUGCAUCUGGCACUCCACCACCCUGGACGAAAUCAAGGCCGUGGCCGAGUCUCAGAUGCCCGCCGAGGGCCAAGAGGGACAGAACCCGGAUAGGGCCAACUCUGACCCCCUAAGGGACUUUUGUGUGGAUAUUAUUGUGCCAUUUUUCUCAGCCCGCCUUCCUGGACCCUGUGAUGCUCUUAAUCGCAAACUAGGUGGGCCCACUGCACAGUCGCCGCCCAAGGAGAAGGCGGCCAAGCCUGCUUCGGCAGUCAGGUCGAAACCUGGCGCCCCGAUGAAAAAAGUUACGGCCUCGUCACGGGACAAGCAGAGGACCCUCGAACGCGCCCUCUCGGCCGAGCGGAGUCGACGGAGCGUCUCCCAAGGGCCCGCUGCAACGAUCGCCUUGUUGCGCUCCGCGUCUCAAACGGUGAUACCAGGUUUGAAGCGGGAGGCCAGCGAAUCUUCCUUGAUCGGCCUGAUUCCUAAGGCGGAAUCGAGCUCGGUCAAGGAGUCACGACCCAGCAUCUUCUCACGGAGUGUGAGCUUGAGCGGAAUGGAUUUGAAGGCGCAGAAGAAGGCACAGGUGGAGGCCGAGCUCAAGGACGCCAUUUCGGCGCUGAAGAAGCCAAACCGGACCCUGGCCGUGAAGGAUUUUGUCGAGGCAGCUGAGACGCGGAGGGCUUCGGUUGGACAACUGAAGAAAUUGAAAAAGCCCAGCCGCGCCUCUCUUGUUCAAGUCAAGGCCACGCCAGCCAACAACCGAUACAAGGACGUCCUGGCCGCCGAGACGUCCAAGUCCCAGCCUCUGCCUUCCCUCGACAUCCCGCCUUCCAGCGCCUCGGUCGUUCCGGCGUCGACUCAACCGCGCAAGUUCGCCCACAGGCUCAGCCACCACACCCAGCCUGCAGAGUGCGUCAACGCCACCCCGGUGCGACCGACCUCGUCCAUCCCCACCUCUGGCCUGCGCCAACAGGUGCAGGAGACGCCCGGUGCGCGCAUCCUGCCGUCCUCCCCCGUCAUGGCGCGCAAAGCGGCGCCGCCACCUCCGCCGCCCGCGCCGGCUUUCUUCGCCCAGCCCAUCGCUCAGCCGCGCGGGGCGAAGCAUCUGUCUGUACCCGGGGCCGCCGCGGCGAAUGUGAACACGCCGUCCUCGCCCGGCCUGGACGCGCUCUUCGAGACGCCUGUCGCGCCCCGCUCGGCGAAGGAAAGCAGGUUGGACAUGGUGGAUGACACGCCCAUCCGUCCGAGGCUUCCGCUUGCUGUUGCCGGGGACGGGGGGAAUAGGUCUGUGUCUGUGUCCGCGUCUAGGCCGGGGACUGGGGUUGGGAGGGGCGGAACAGUGGAGGAGAUGCGGCCCGGGAGCCGGGACGGGAAACGGCUUAACAGGGAACGGAGUAUGAAUGGUGGUUAUGGUGAUGCAGCGGCAGAUGGAGAUGAGAACGGGACUGACGGCGCCGGCGGAAUGACCAUUUACCAGCGGCUGGGGUGGGAUACGACGGACUUGGAUGACAUUGAUGACCUGCUAUGACUGACUGACUGGCUGGCUGGCUGCUGAGCUUUAGACUUGGCUUCCGGGAAUUACACAUGGGCGAAGGGGGAUGAUGAGCUGGGGAUCUUGCCGGGUGGCUGUAUGUAGAGCGUGGUGUUUGGGCGUUGCUCAUAU